GAAUAACAGUGCGUCACCACCGGGCGCACGCUGGUUAAAUCAACGUUGCUUCCACAUCUUUUUUUUUCUUCAAUUAAAUUACUUUCAACCAACGUGGAGCUGGCUGGUAAUAUACGUUGAAUUGACGUCUGUGCCCAAGUGGAUAUAUUCGUGUAGAUUUCGUGAUGCGGAAUGCAUGCGUAAAAUCAGACAGAGGCGACCUACACAAGAGCCAACAUGACACUUCACCACUGCUUGUUUUACCUCUAAACAAACAUGCAUCCUGAACGACGUGCUUUCCUCUAUUCUUACGUGCAAUAAUACAUUAGAAGACUUAGAAGAUGGAGAAUAUAUCUAUCUCGAACACCCGCAGGGUAUUUCCGGUGGUGUGUAACGAAUCCACGGACUAUUAUUAUCUGAGCGCGACUAACCGGACAGAUCUGAACUGCACUCCCCAAUCAGAGUUCUACUUUUACGCGGACCUCUAUGUAGUCCUGCCUGUGAUAUAUUCGGUAAUAUGCGCCGUGGGGUUAACGGGGAACACGGCCGUUAUUUACGUUAUCCUCAAAGCGCCCAAAAUGAAGACCGUGACCAAUAUGUUUAUCCUAAACUUGGCGAUAGCCGACGACCUGUUUACCUUGGUCCUACCCAUCAACAUCGCCGAGCAUCUGCUCCACUACUGGCCCUUAGGAGAGGUGCUGUGUAAGAUCAUCCUGAGCAUAGACCACUAUAACAUCUUCUCCAGUAUCUACUUCCUGACGGUCAUGAGUGUGGACCGUUAUCUGGUCGUCCUGGCGACGGUGCGUUCAAAGCGUAUGCCAUACCGCACGUACCGCGCGGCCAAGAUAGUGAGCCUGUGCGUCUGGAUCCUCGUGAUUCUCAUCGUGAUGCCGUUCACUGUAUUCGCCGGGGUCUAUAUCAGUCCCGAUGACUUGGAACGGAAAAGCUGCGUUCUCAGCUUCCCAAGCCCAGAGAGUUUGUGGUUCAAGGCGAGCCGGAUAUACACCUUGAUCCUCGGCUUCGCCAUCCCUGUGUCGACCAUAUGUAUUCUCUACACCAUGAUGUUGUACAAACUACGGAACAUGCGCCUCAACUCCAACGCCAAGGCUCUGGACAAGGCUAAAAAGAAAGUAACUAUUAUGGUGUUUAUAGUCUUAGCGGUGUGUCUGUUCUGUUGGACAGGGUUUCACCUCAGCACCAUAGUGGCUCUCACCACCGACCUGAGGACCACUCCGCUGCUCAUCGGGUUGUCCUACUUCAUCACCAGCCUCAGCUACGCCAACUCUUGUCUGAACCCUUUUCUUUACGCCUUCCUGGAUGACAGCUUCAGGAAAGCGUUCAAAAAGAUGCUAGAAUGUAGACCGGCAGGAAUGUAGUCGCCUACAGGUUUAGUGGAUUCAUGUCAAUAUGGUAUGUUAAUAUUGAUGCCAUUCAAAACAAACUAUGAUCAUAUUAUUUAUGUUUGCUUGAAUCUACAUUAGGUGAUUAUUAUUGUUGCCAUGGUAUGACUUAAAUAUUUAAUAUGGUAUAUAUAAUAUGGAAUAUAUCAUAUGGAAUCAUAUAGAUUCUGGCCAGGAUUGGAGGGGAGUUUUUCUUUUUCAUGGACAUUUGUCUCCCCCUGGUGUCCUGAGAGGGCAGGUAGUCUACACUGUAGUGAGGGCAGGUAGUCUACACUGUAGUGAAGGCCGGUAGUCUACACUGUAGUGAAGGCAGGUAGUCUACACUGUAGUGAGGGCAGGUAGUCUACACUGUAGUGAGGGCAGGUAGUCUACACUGUUCUGAGGGCAGGUAGUCUACACUGGAGUGAAGGUAGGAAGUCUACACUGUAGUGAAGGCAGGAAGUCUACACUGUAGUGAGGGCAGGUAGUCUACACUGUAGUGAAGGCAGGUAGUCUACACUGUAGUGAAGGCAGGUAGUCUACACUGUAGUGAAGGCAGGUAGUCUUCACUGUAGUGAAGGCAGGUCGUCUACACUGUAGUGAGGGCAGGUAGUCUACACUGUAGUGAAGGCAGGUAGUCUACACUGUAGUGAGGGCAGGUAGUCUACACUGUAGUGAAGGCAGGUAGUCUACACUGUAGUGAGGGCAGGUAGUCUACACUGUAGUGAGGGCAGGUAGUCUUUGCUGUAAAUAUAUAGGCGUUAUUCUGGCCUGUCAUUGUGAACCAUAGACAAACUGGGUCAACUAUAGUGGAUAGUCCUAAUACAACUAAAGAUGUGAACUAAUUCUACCUUUCAGUCAGUCUAUCUUACGGAUAAUAAUAACAAUAUCAACAUAUUUCCAUGUUCAAGUUCAAAUAAUCAUUUGUGUUGACAUGACACACUUUGAAAAUGACUUGUUGCUUUUCCGAUACCAAGAGAGUCCACAUGUUGUGUUCAUAGGUAGCAGUUAUACACUGUAUCAUACAGACAUA